CCAUAUGCCGCCUUUCAUCGGGCGCUUUCGUAAACUUAAACCAAGAACCCUAACUGUGACUCAGUUCGAAGGCAGAGUACUAGCCGCAUCGUGCAGAUCUUCUAUCUCGCCGCUUUCGACAAGGUUCAGCUUUUGGAUUAAGAACUUCCCAGAAACCUCUGUUCGAGAUGAGCCGACCAAUGGAGGAAGAUGGUGCCAAGAACGAGGAAGAGGAAUUCAAUACAGGGCCACUUUCUGUCCUUAUGAUGAGUGUCAAAAAUAAUACUCAGGUGCUCAUCAAUUGCCGUAACAACCGAAAGCUUCUUGGCCGUGUGAGAGCAUUUGACAGGCAUUGCAACAUGGUUCUGGAAAAUGUCAGGGAGAUGUGGACUGAGGUGCCAAAGACUGGAAAAGGCAAGAAAAAGGCGCAACCGGUUAACAAGGAUAGGUUCAUCAGCAAGAUGUUUCUCCGUGGGGACUCGGUUAUCAUUGUUCUUAGGAAUCCCAAGUGAGGUGUAAACCCAGCACACAAUUCUAAUGACUUGUAGAUGUAGAUUAUGUGCUGAAAAUUGUAGAAGUACUAUCGUCGGGAGUUUGAAAUGCACUUCGUAGAGCAACUUUCCAGUGAUGUAUAACUUCAUUUGGAUCUGUUUGUGAAUUUCAAUUGACAGGCACUCUUUAGAGUA